UACACAAUAAAACCCUAUUUUUAAGACCACAUUGUUAGACCAAGUUAAGAGAUCUUAAUUUUGCUGUGAUUUUAUUCCUGGGGUUGGUAGUGUGAUACCCAGAAAAGUCCUACCAGCUGUAUUUUAGUAUUAACCUAGAUUAUGUUAAGUGAUUAUGAUAUUAUAAUAAGUUUUAAUGCAAGAAAGUGUCUGGGAGGACUUUUCUUGACACCACAGUAACAUCUCUGUGGUGUGUGGUUAGCAUGUAAAGUUGGGGGCAUAUGCUAAAGCUGGCCUCAUUGCUCAUCUUCACAUUGGCCUUUGAGUUUGUGGCAGGAAAUAAUCCUUUACCCCAGAAACAGCAUGGCUAGCUAGGGAAAAUGUGAGCCUAAGUUUAUCCAGAUCUGGGGUGUCAAUGCACUGCACACCCAGCUGUUCAUCCUCCUUUUCAGUUGAUAAAUGGAUAGCUAGGGAAUGUAAACUGUGGUAACCCUGAUGUCACGCUGGCCCUGUAUCUCCCAGUGUAGUGGAUUCUGAUCCACCAUAGAUUUAAGGGCUGAGGUGAUGGAAAAUUAGUCCUGAGGCAACACAGCUACAAAAGAGGAUCAUGUCUUCCCCAAAUGUAGAACCCUUCAGCAGCCAACCAAGAAGAUGGGAUGCCCAGCGACAAUUGAAAUUAAAAAGAUUGCAAAAUUCCCAGAAUUUGAGCUUUCCACCACAUCCAAAACUGCCCGGCAACGAAUGGUGGGAAUGAUGCGGAAAGCGCUUGAAAACACUGCCUCUCCGCCCACUGCAGAUAUAAGAUAUUUGGUGUACAUUCCAUCAAAGGAUGAGCAUAAAUUCCAUCAAAUUGAGCCAAUGGGUGACAGUGACUCUUUGGACCCCCUGGUAAAUGAAAAGGUCCUUGAACUACUGGCAAGUGGCAUUAGGAACAAGAAAAACCUAGCAGCCUCUUUGAAGGAAUAUGUAGUCAGUACCAUAUUCCAUGGCCAGGAGCCACCUAUAAAAGAUAGAAGGUACUUUCCACUUGCAAGUGACCUGGCUAAACUCAUCUCAAAGUAUAAAUUUGGCAAACGGUUUGCCAAGAUCGACCAAGUCAAUGUGGAAAAGAUGCAUCAGCAGACUGAUCCGGGUGACCAGACCUUCUACAGAUAUCGUGACUCAUCCAUAGAAAAUGUACAGGUGGAACAGAAGAUAACUGGAGGGGAAACAAUGGUACUUACAUCAAUUAUCCAUUAUGGUGUACAAGGUCUUCCAAAUGAUGAGAUUACCAUGCAACAUGAUGCCCAGAUUGUGCAACCUGAUAAUUGUAAAAUGACAGAGGAAUUUGUGGAACUUGAGCCUGUUGACUUACCACUCGGUCAUAGUAGAUUUGAAAGCUUAUUAAUCACAGCAAGAUCUGCACUUCAGCAAAUCACAGAUAUGACUUACCAAUUCAAAGAUAAUGGGAAGCUUGAAGAGCUGAGUAAUUGGGUAGACUCAAUAGGUGAGUCUCUUCACCAAGCUCAAGCAUUUGUUAGAAGAGAAGAAGGCUUGUUUCUUGAACCUACCAGCACAAGUACAAUCCAGGCCCAAAGAGAGCAUCUCUGAUCCACUGGCACAGAACAGGAUGAAGCCUCCACUCAAGAAAACUAUGACCCAGACUAAGUGCCUGUGUUGAGGGCCAGCCAUUGGACAACAGGACAAACAAGGCUGUUGACCCUUAAUUGUCUUGGAGGACACCAGCAGCCUGCCUAUAAAGCUCCCCCCCUCACCAUGCCAUUCACUGUCACCCUAAAUGAUGGCUGCCACCUUCCCAUGAUUGGUUUCAGAGUCAAGGAGGAACACGAUGAGUGGGAGGAGCAGCUGGACUGGGUGUUGCAUCAUAGUGACCGCUACUUUGAGGUCCCCCUAGCAGGUUGUCUCACGGAGGAGGCCAUGAAGAAGAUCGGAAACCAUGCACGAAAAACCAAACUCACCCGGAAGGAUUUCAUCAUCUCCACUUCUAUCAUUGUCCCUGAGGAUGUUGGGGGCUCAGUGACUAUGGUGAAGGAAUUUGUGGCUCACUUUGGCACACACAUUGACCUCCUAUACCUUGAAAACCCUGUAGGACUCAAAGGCACAGACCCCAUGGCCAUCUACAGCACCUCUCCUGAUGGCACUCACCCUAAGAUUCGUAAACUCAGCCACAUGUUUAGACGGAGGGCAGAGGGGCAACUGAGGGUGACUCCGAGGAUCACUGAGAACCUGUGGAAGCUGUGGAGAGUCCUUGAGGAUGAGCUGGUGGCCACAGGGAAAGUACACAGCUUGGGUCUCCGGUACUUCUCUAAGGAACAAGUGGAUGCGCUUCUCAAGGCCAGAGUGAAGCACCGCCCCUUGGCUCUCCAGGCUGAGGUCAACCCUUACUGUAGCCAGACGGACCUUCGCGACUGGUGUCAGGAGGCCAACAUACCCCUGGUGGGCAUCCAUCCCUACGGCAACCCUCACCACAUCCCUAGCAAGGAGAUGCCCUUCCUCUGGGAAAACUCAAAGGUCAUCAUGACAGCAGAGCGGGUCGGUGUGGGUCCCAAGGUCAUCCUCUCUCGACACAUCCUCCAGUCCCGGCUGCGAAUGGUGUAUGACAACACUGAGCUCCUCCUGCCACACUUCAUGAUAGAGAAUAUCUGGCGAUUCAGUCUGACACCCGGCCAGAUGAACAAACUUGGGAGGCUUAGCAAGUUGCCACUGAAGAAUCCAGUCAGCAAGUAUGGGCUUAUGUGUGUGAUUGACCCUUGGUGGCCAUACUGUUUUGUCAAGGAGGAAAAGGAAUAUAGAAAGGAAGGAAAGGAGACAAAAGUAGGGAGGAAGAAGGUGGUUAAAAUAGGAAUCAGGAAGGAGAAGGUAGCAGAUGAGUUUAAGAAGAAAUGGAAGGAGAAGAAGGUGAAGGAAAAGGAGGCAUCAGAGGAUAGGAGGAAAGAUGAGAAUGGGAGGAAAAAGAAGAAGAAGAAGAGGGUGAAGAAGGUGCAGGCUAGGAAGGAGGAGGAAAAGGAAGCAAUAGAGUUGAAGCAGAAAGAGGAGGAGACUGAGGAAGUAGAGGUGGAGAUGGAGGUGAUAGGAAUUAAGAAGGAAAAAGAAGAGGAACCAUCAGUAAUUAUGAAGAAAGAUGAUGAUGAGGAGGAGAAAGAAGAGGCAUCCAGAGUUAAGAAAGAGGUGACUGAGGAGGAGGAAGAAGAAGAGGCAGCAAAGGUUAAGAAAGAAGUGAGUGAGGAGGAGGAGGAGGAGGAGGAAGAAGAGGCAGCACAGUUUAAGAAAGAGGUGAUUGAGAAGGAGGAGGAGGAGGAAUAUUUUAGAAAGGUAGAAAAGAAAUGGGAGGAAGAACAGGAAGAGGAAGAGAUAAUUAUUGAAGAUGAGAAGGAAACAAUAGAGGAGAGAGAGGAAGCUUACUUAUAUGAGGAGGAAGAGAAUGAAGAAUAUGCAAAAGAGGAAGAAGAUAAAGGAGAGGAGAGUGAAAUGUAUGAAAGAUUGGAGGAUGAGGCAGUGGUAGAUGAGGAAGAAGAGGAGGAGGAGGAGUUAAACGAAGAAAUAGAAGAGGAGGAUGGAGAAGUAAAUAAAGAAGAGGAGCUGAUUGAAAUAUUGAAGGUGGAGGAGGAGGAGGAGGAGGAGGUUGGAGAAGAGAAUAUAGAAGAGGAGGAGGAGGUGGAGGAGGUGGAUGAAUCGGAGGGAGUAGAACUUGUAGAAGAGAAUAUAGUAAAGUACGAGGAAGAAAUAAAGGAGGUAGUAAAGGAGGAGGAAGAAGAAAAAGAUGAUGAGGAGGAAGAGGAAGAGGAAAAGAAGAAAGAGGAGGAGGAGUAUAGAGAAGUGAAUGAAGAAGAGGAAAAAGAAGAAAGAGAAGACGAGGAGGAUGAAGAGGUGGAAUGUAUAGAGGAGGAGGCAGAAAAGGAAGAUGGAGAAGGGAGGGAGGAAGAAGAGGGGGAGGAGGAGGAGGAGGAGGAUGGAAGAGUAGUUUUUAAUGACGAGGAGGAGCAAGAAGAAGAAGAAUGGACGAGGCAGGAUGACAAUGGUGAUGAUGAUGAGGGGGAGUAGAAGGAAGUUAAACCGUCUGAAGAAGAUGAAAAAGAAGUGAAGAAGAAAAAAGUAAUAAUUGGAGUAGGAGGAGGAGGAGAACAAGGAAUAGGAGGAGAGGAAUAUCCGAACCCAGCAUCUCCUCCAGCUACAAGUACUCCCACACACUCUUACACGUUACAGUGCUAGCAGAUCACCAAACGUUUAGUACCUUCAUCAGUGGCUGGGAAUGAGAGUGCAGGGUAAGGCUAGGUUAGGUUAGGGAGUAUUGGAAAGCUGUGGAUGGGUAGGGAGGACUUGCAACCAUCACACUGUAGAGUCUUGUAUUAACUUAACUAUUAGACUGACAACCCAUUUUCUGCCAAGGGGGUGAAGGAAAGGGUUUAAGGGACACCAGAAUGAGUUGGGUUAGAAUAUAAUGAUUUAGGUUUAGAUAUUGUGUUGCUUCAUUAAAUAUUUGCUUGAUGUUAUUUCUUUUCUUUUAUCCGUUUUUUAUGUUUUAUUACGAACUCCAUAUAUAUUGUUGUUGGGUAUACUAGGUUGAAACACACACACACACACACACACACACACACACACACACAGGUUUCAAAAAUGCUUUAGUAAUUUUUUUAUGCUUAUUUUUUCACUCUUUGUUUUCUGUAUUACUUUUUACUAAUGUGUGUGUGUGUGUGUGUGUGUGUGUGUGUCGGGUGAGGAGAGGAAAUGAGUCCCUCGUGGAGAGAGAGAGAGAGAGAGAGAGAGAGAGAGAGAGAGAGAGAGCACAACAUAUAAGGUCACAAACUUGACAUCCGGCCGCGCAAGCA